GGCGCCAAAAACCUUCCAAAAAAAUUUUGAAAAACUAAGUGGUACAAAAUGUUUCAAAUAAUCCCCUGACAUGUUUCUGAUAGAAAAAAUGCAAUUCCAUUGGGUGCGGGAAACCUACCUUAUCCGCUCUCCUCCUUUAGUGUUAUUUCUAUCCAUAAUAACAAGAAGAGGAUGAAAAAUGUAUAUCUAUUUGUGUAAGCUCGUGUGGUACAAUGGCGUAGGUAGAAGAUUAUUGACCUCUAGGUACAAAGUUCGACUCUCUGCACGAGUUGUGUUUCUUGCUUCCUUUUUUUCACCUCGAUUUACAACUAAUUAUAACGCUUUUUAUAUCUAGCGAUUCUUUUUUUUAAACAGCUAGACGAACCGUACGCUUGAUCGAUGCAUCGGAUAUUGCAUCGUGUAAUCGAGUAAAACCCGAUGCAUGUAGAUAA